AUGUCACCGAGUAAGAAGAUUGUCAUCCUCUAUGGAUCAGAGACAGGAAAUGCGCAUGACUUUGCUACCAUCUUAUCCCAUCGACUACAUCGCUUGCAUUUCCCUCAUACUUUUUGCUCUAUUGGUGAUUAUGACCCACGGGAUAUCUUGAAAUGCAAGUAUCUUUUCAUUAUAUGCUCCACGACUGGGCAAGGUGAACUACCAACAAACGUUAAUGCAUUGAAAUGUGAAAGAUCAGUCACAUUUUGGUCGUUUCUAAAAAAAAAGAAUCUGCCAUCGAACUUUUUAAAUCAUAUUCAAACUGCUAUGCUUGGACUCGGUGAUUCAUCUUACCCCAAGUUUAAUUAUGGUAUUAGAAAGCUACACCAGCGUAUUGUCACACAAUUGGGUGCUAAUGAAUUAUUUGAUAGAUUAGAGGCGGACGAUCAGGCUAUGGCUGGUAGCAACAAAGGUACUGGUCUCGGGGUUGAGUCAGUCUAUUUCGAAUAUGAAAAAAAAGUUUUGAACUUUCUUUUAAAGAAGUUUCCCAAUAGGAAGGUUAACGGCCAGGUAAUUCAACGGGAACAAUUAGACCCGCAGAUUUAUCUAGAGCCAUUAUCCUAUCUUCAAAUUUCAGACAGAAUUGCUAGAGAAGAUGCUAAUAAAAUUAAAAUUGAAUUCCAAGGGGAUAAGUCGGUGAAAAUUGGUAGAGUUAAUACAAAUAAGAGGAUCACAUCUGAUGAUCAUUUCCAAGAUGUCAGGCAGUUUAAAUUUAGUAACGUUGAAAAAAAUUCAGAAGACUAUGAACCCGGUGAUACAGCAGCUAUUUAUCCUUGCAACACAGAUGAGGAUGUUUCAAGGUUUUUAUCAAAUCAAAGCCAUUGGUUAGAAGUUGCGGAUAAACCGUUGAUUUUUACCAACGGAGUUCCAAAUGAUCUCAAGGAUGGUGGAUUAGCUAAGCCAAUGACGUUAAGGAACAUCUUAAAAUACCACUGUGAUUUUAUGAGCAUUCCUAGAACAAGUUUUUUCUUGAAGAUUUGGACUUUUGCAACGGAUGUUACGAAGAUGGAACGCGGCCAAGAACAAUUAGACGAUCAAAGAGAAAAAUUGCACCAGUUUGCUACUGAUGAAGAUAUGCAGGACUUAUACGACUAUUGUAAUAGACCCAGAAGAUCGAUUCUUGAAGUAUUGGAAGAUUUUCUUUCUAUAAAGCUGCCUUGGAAAUACGUGCUAGAUUACUUGCCUAUAAUCAAACCAAGGUAUUACUCUAUAUCUAGUGGCCCUGGGGAUCCUGACAUUGAACUAACAGUUGCGGUAGUAAAAUAUAAAACUAUCUUGAGGAAAAUUCGAAAAGGAAUAUGUACUAGUUACAUUGCAAGCUUGCAAGAGGGAGAACAGAUAAGGUACAAAUUACAAAAUAAUCAUAUAAUCAAGAAUGAUUUUUUGCAUAAACCAAUCAUUCUUGUUGGCCCAGGUGUUGGAUUAGCACCAUUACUAUCCGUGGUUAAAGCAGAUGUAUUCAAAGAUACCAGACUUUUUUUCGGCUGUAGGUAUAAGGAUAAAGAUUAUAUUUAUAAAGACAUACUUGAAGAUUGGGCCCGUGCAGGAAAAAUCGUCUUGUAUACAUCUUUUUCCAGAGAUACUGAGAAUUCACCAGGCGUUAAAUAUGUUCAGGACUACUUAUGGAAACUGGGCGAGGAAAUAACGGAUCUGGUGGUUAAUAAAGAAGCCGUUUUUUUCCUAUGUGGUUCAUCCGGUAAAAUGCCUAUUCAAGUCAGAUUAACAUUCAUUGAAAUGUUGAAAAAAUGGGGUAAUUUUAGUAAUGAGGAAACUGCCAAACGUUACCUGAAAGAAAUGGAAAAAUCUGAUAGAUAUAUUCAAGAGACCUGGUAG